UCAUGGGGAGGUCAUAAAGUGGAGUGAUGCUCUGAGCAUCCCUCAAAAAUCUGAAGAGUUAAAUCCUCCAGGAGCUUCAGAGCAGAGCGACCCGGCACGAUGUCUCGGUUUCUGGACAUGAAGGAGUUUGGAGAAGCUGCUCGCUACCUACGGCUCACCAACCUGGAGCAUCUAGCCGCCAAAGCCCAGGCCUUCGAUGGUACCAAGAGGAUCUGGAUGCCGGACGACGUUGAGGCAUACAUCGAGGUGGAGGUUAGAGAGCUGAACGGAGACAAGAGCACCGUGGAGACCAAGGAUGGACGGUUCCUAAUAGUGAAAGAAGACGACCUGCAGCCCAUGAACCCUCCAAAGUUUGACAUGAUGGAGGACAUGGCAAUGCUGACUCACCUGAACGAAGCUUCGGUGCUCUUCAACCUGAGGAGGAGAUACAGCAUGUGGAUGAUCUAUACCUACUCGGGUUUGUUCUGCGUGACGGUGAAUCCCUACAAAUGGCUGCCGGUCUACUCCGCUGAGGUGGUGACGGCCUACAAAGGGAGGCGUCGCACCGAUAUGCCACCUCACAUCUACGCCGUGGCCGACAACGCCUACACCGACCUGCUGCAGAAUCGAGAGAACCAGUCGAUGCUCAUCACCGGUGAAUCUGGAGCAGGAAAAACGGUCAACACCAAGCGGGUGAUCCAGUAUUUCGCCAUUGUCGCUGCUCUGGGAGACACCGUGAAGAAAGGAGGUUCUCUGGAGGAUCAGAUCAUCGAGGCCAAUCCGGCCAUGGAGGCUUUUGGAAAUGCUAAAACCAUCCGCAACGACAACUCGUCUCGCUUCGGAAAGUUCAUCAGGAUACACUUCGGUCCGACGGGGAAGCUGGCGUCAGCCGACAUCGACAUCUAUCUUCUAGAAAAGUCCAGAGUUGUUUUCCAGCAACCUGGAGAGAGAAGUUACCACAUCUACUACCAGAUUAUGUCCAAUCACAAGCCAGAGCUGCAAGACAUGCUGCUGGUCACCACCAACCCCUUCGACUACCACUUCUGCUCUCAGGGUGUCACCACGGUGGAGGGGAUCAGCGACGGAGACGAGCUCAAGCUCACGGACCACGCCAUGGACACGCUGGGCUUCACGCCUGAGGAGAAGUACGGCUGCUACAAGAUCGUUGGAGCCAUAAUGCACUUUGGAAACAUGAAGUUCAAGAAGAAGCAGCGAGAAGAGCAGGCCGAGGCCGAUGGCACUGAGAGUGUGGAUAAGGCAGCGUACCUGAUGGGCAUCAGCUCCGCCGACCUGCUCAAAGGCCUCCUGAACCCCCGAGUCAAAGUCGGAAGCGAGUUCAUAGUUAAAGGACAGACUGUAGAACAGGUGAACUACGCCGUCGCUGCUCUGGCCAAAGCUACCUAUGACCGGAUGUUCAAGUGGCUGGUCGGUCGCAUCAACCUGUCGUUGUACACAGCGCUGCCUCGCCAGUACUUCAUCGGCGUUCUCGACAUCGCCGGCUUCGAGAUCUUUGAGUUCAACAACUUUGAGCAGCUGUGCAUUAACUUCACCAACGAGAAGUUGCAGCAGUACUUCAACCACCACAUGUUCAUCCUGGAGCAGGAGGAGUACAAGACCGAGGGCAUCGAGUGGACCUUCAUAGACUUCGGUCUGGACCUGCAGGCCUGCAUAGACCUCAUCGAGAAGCCGAUGGGCAUUCUGUCCAUCAUGGAGGAAGAGUGCAUGUUCCCGAAGGCCACGGACCUCAGCUUCAAAACCAAACUCUAUGACAACCAUCUGGGAAAGUCGCCCAACUUCCAGCGGGCGCGACCAGACAAGAAACGCAAAUACGAGACUCACUUCGAGGUGGUUCACUACGCCGGAGUGGUUCCGUACAACAUCACCGGCUGGCUGGACAAGAACAGAGAUCCUCUGAAUGAGACGGUGGUGGUUCUGUUCCAGAAGUCCUCCAACAAGCUGAUGGCCGGACUGUUUGAGAACUACAUCAGCUCAGAGAUGGCCAGCAAUCCGAAGGCCGAAACAAAACACAGGAAGAGGAAAGGAGCUUCUUUCCAGACGGUUUCACAGCUGCACAAGGAGAAUCUGAACAAACUGAUGGCCAACCUCCGCAGCACUCAGCCUCACUUUGUUCGAUGCAUCAUCCCCAACGAAGGCAAGACUCCAGGUGUGAUGGAUCCCUUCCUGGUUCUCCACCAGCUGAGGUGUAACGGAGUCCUGGAGGGGAUCAGGAUCUGCAGGAAGGGUUUUCCGAACCGGAUCCUGUAUGCAGAGUUCAAACAGCGUUAUCGCAUCCUGAAUCCGUCUGCGAUCCCAGAGGACUCAUUCAUGGACAGCAGGAAGGCCGUGGAGAAGCUGCUUGGUUCUCUGGACAUUGAUCACACUCAGUACAAGUUUGGACACACCAAGGUGUUCUUCAAGGCUGGUCUGCUGGGCCAGCUGGAGGACAUGAGGGACAACCGCCUGUCCCAGAUCCUCACCACGGUCCAGGCCAUGUGCCGAGGGAAGCUGAUGAGGAUGGAGCGAGAGAAGAUCAUGUUGCAAAGGGACGCUGUGAUGGUGAUCCAGUUCAACCUCCGGGCGUUCUUCUCGGUGAGGACCUGGCCGUGGAUGAGGCUGUUCUACAGGCUCCGCCCCCUGCUGAGGAGCGCCCAGGUGGAGAAGGAACUGGCUGCUCUGCAUGAGGACUUUAACAAACUGAAAGAGGCCUUCGAGAGGUCGGAGGCGAAGCGUCGGGAGGCCGAGGAGCGGCAGGUGGUCCUGGUUCAGGAGAAGAAUGAUCUGGCUUUGCAGCUCCAAGCUGAGCAGGACAACCUGACGGAUGCAGAAGAUCGAUGCAAUCAGCUGAUCCAGUCCAAGAUCUCUCUGGAGUCGAAGCUGAAGGAGAUGCAGGAGCGUCUGGAGGACGAGGAGGAGGUGAGCGCCACACUGACCUCCAAGAAACGGCAGCUGGAGGACGAAGUUUCCUCCCUGAAGAAAGACGUGGACAACCUGGAGAUGACGCUGGCCAAAGUGGAGAAGGACCGACACGGAGUUGAAAACAAGGUGAAGAACCUGUCGAAGGAGAUGUGUGUUCUGGACGAAUCCAUUGCGGCUCUGAGCAGAGAGAAAGCUGCUCUGAUGGAAGCCCACCAGCAGGUGCUGAACGACCUUCAGGCCCAGGAGGACAAGGUCAACAUGUUGAACAAGGCCAAGACUCGACUGGAGCAGCAGGUCGACAGCGUGGAAACGUCCUUGGAGCAGGAGAAGAAGGUUCGAACUGAUCUGGAACGAACCAAGCGGAAGCUGGAAGGAGAUCUGAAGCUCUCCGUGGACUCAGUGAGGGACCUGAAGAACAAGAAGGAGGAGCUGGAGGAGCGACUGAAGAAGAAAGACUUUGAGUUCGGUCAGCUUCAGUCCAAGAUGGAGGACGAGCAGGGUCUGGUGGCUCAGCUUCAGAAGAAGAUCAAAGAGCUUCAGACUCGUAUCGAGGAGCUGGAGGAGGCUCUGGAGGCCGAACGAGCCUGGAGGUCUAAAGCGGAGCGUCAGAGGAACGACAUCGCCCGAGAGCUGGAGGAGCUGGGAGAGAAGCUGGAGGAGGCUGGAGGAGCUUCAGCUGCUCAGAUCGCUCUGAACAGGAAGCGAGAGGCGGACUUCCUGAAGAUGCGGCGGGAGCUGGAGGAGGCGGGGCUUCACCACGAGGCGACAGCCGCCACCCUGAAGAAGAAGCACUCGGACACGGUGGCGGAGCUCAGCGAGCAGAUCGACGCUCUGCAGAGGACCAAGCAGAAGCUGGAGAAGGAAAAAAACGAGUUCAGGCUGGAGGCCGAUGACCUGGCCACCAACGUGGAGCAGCUGACGAGAGCAAAGGCAGCCGUGGAGAAGAUGUGCAGGGUUUAUGAGGACCAGCUGAAUGAAAGCAGAACCAGAGGAGAUGAUCUGCAGAAACAACUGACCGAAGUCUCUGCUCAGAAAGCUCGAGCGCUCACUGAGACCGCUGAGUUCAGUCGCCGUCUGGAGGAACGGGACGCUAUGAUUGGUCAGCUGCAGCGGUCCAAGGCGGGAGUUUGCCAGAACUCUGAGGACCUGAAGAGGCAGCUGGAGGAGGAGAGCAAAGCUCGCGUUGCGUUGGCUCACGCUGUUCAGGCGUCGCGUCACGACUGCAGUUUGCUCAGAGAGCAGCUGGAGGAGGAACAGGAGGCGAAGGCUGAACUGCAGAGGGCGCUGUCCACCGCCAACAGCCAGGUGGUCCAGUGGAGGACCAAGUACGAGACCGACGCCAUGCUGAGGAUAGAGGAGCUGGAGGAGGCAAAGAAGAAGCUGGUUGUUAAACUGCAGAACGUUGAAGAAGCCGUGGAGGCGUCUCAGGCAAAAAACUCCUCCCUGGAGAAGACCAAGCAGCGUCUGCAGACCGAGAUCGAUAGUCUGGUGGUGGAGCUGGAGAGGUCCAAUGCUGCUGUUCUGGUUCUGGACAAGAGGCAACGCAACUUUGACAAGCUGCUGAGCAACUGGAAGCUGAAGUUUGAGGAGAGUCAGACGGAGCUGGAGGCGUCGCAGAAAGAGUCUCGCAGUCUGAGCACGGAACUGUUCAAGCUGAAGAACUGCUAUGAAGAAGCUCUGGACCAUCUGGAGACGGUCAAACGAGAGAACAGGAACCUCCAAGAGGAGAUCCUGGACCUGACAGACCAGAUCAGUCAGGGAGGGAAGACCAUCCACGAGCUGGAGAGGAUGAAGAAGAUCCUCGACGUGGAGAAGAGCGACAUCAAGUCUGCCCUGGAGGAAGCAGAGGGAACCUUGGAGCACGAGGAGAGCAAGACGUUGAGGUUCCAGAUGGAGCUGCAGCAGAUCAGGGCUGAGAUCGAACGCAAGAUCUCAGAGAAAGAUGAAGAAAUUGACAACCUCAGGCGGAGCCACCAGCGCUCCCUGGAGGCCAUGCAGGCCAGUCUGGAGACGGAGGUUCGUAGUCGCAGCGAGGCGGUUCGUCUGAGGAAGAAGAUGGAGUCGGACCUGAACGAGAUGGAGGUCCAGCUGGGCCACGCCAACCGUCAGGCGGCCGAGAGCCAGAGGGUCAUCAGACACCUGCAGACACAGAUUAAAGAGCAGGAGGUGGACCUGGAGGAUAAAGUCCAGCUGACCAAUCAGCUGCGAGAACAGAUCGCCCUGCUGGAGCGAAGCUGUUCGCUGAUGACAGCAGAGGAGGAGGAACUUCGCAGCGUCCUGGAACAAACCGACCGCGUCCGCAAGAUGGCUGAACACGAGCUGGUGGAGGUGUCCGAGAGAGUCAACCUGCUGACCUCACAGAACGCAGGUCUGGUGAAUCAUAAGAGGAAGCUGGAGGCAGAUGUUUCCCUGCUGACCGGGGAGGUGGAUGAAGCCCUGCAGGGGAGUCGCAGCGCCGAGGAGAAGGCCAAGAAGGCCAUCACCGACGCAGCUGUGAUGGCCGAGGAGCUGAAGAAGGAGCAGGACAGCAGCAACAUGCUGGAGAGGAUGAAGAAGAACAUGGAGUGUACAGUGAAAGAACUUCAGGUGAAGCUGGACGAGACGGAGCAGAUGGCUCUGAAGGGAGGAAAGAAACAGCUUCAUAAACUGGAGACAAGAGUGAGGGAGCUGCAGACGGAGCUGAUGGUGGAGCAGAAGAAGAGUGAAGAAUACCAGAAAGGAGUCCGACGCUACGAGAGGAGAGUCAAAGAGCUAACGUACCAGUCGGAGGAGGACAGGAAGACUCUGCUGAGGAUGCAGGAGCUCAUCGAGAAGCUGCAGACCAAAGUCAAGAGCUACAAGAGACAAGCUGAGACCGCUGAGGAGCAGGUGAGCUGCAGCGCCGUUCGUUUCCGGAAGGUCCAACAUGAGCUGGAUGAUGCCGAGGAGAGAGCCGACAUCGCCGAGACGACCGUCAACAAACUGCGGAUUCGAACCCGCGAACAAACCAGGAAGGUCACCAUGAUCGCAGAAUGAAGCUCUGCUGCAUCUUCAGACGCCUCCAGUGUUUGUCGUGUUUGACUGCUGUGGUUUUAGUGGUUCUGCUGUAGAGUUCAGAUCAUAGAUGCUUCAAUCCGCAUUUAUCUCCGUAUUUCUUGACUGUGAAGCUUGGUGAAAUGGUUUGCAGAGGAAGUGUGGUAGGAUGGAGAACGUAGGAGAGCUGACAUGGACAGCAGCAGUCCGGUAGUUGGGUUCGUCGUCUCAGCCGUAGGAAGACGUGAACUUUAACAGAGUUUCUGGAAUGUUCAUCAAAUUAAACUGAAGACUUUUAAUAACUUUUGGGAUCCUUUUUGCUCUGACUCUAUUCUGCAUCACAUUUGAUAAAACAUCCUGCGCAGACUAGUAGAUGAUAUUUACUUCAGGUGGACCUUCAUGGACCUUCAUGGACCUUCUUGGACCUUCGUGUUCUUGUGGAUGUAGAACAUUGUCCUCAGGUCCAUGAUGGAGGAAACUAAGUUCAGUGUUUUUAAGACUUUCAAAGACCUGCAGGAACCCUGAAAACUAAACCGUGUGCGACUAACUUUGGUAGCUAUUUGUUUGACAGGAGCUAAUGUAAGCUAACAAGAGCUAAGAGGAGCUAACGGAAGACAACAAGAGCUAAAAGGAGCUAUUUGAAGCUAACAGGAGCUAAAAGAAGCUAACAAAAUGGAACAGGAGCUAACGUAAGCUAACAUGAGCUAAGAGGUCUGUGAUGGAGGAACCUAAAUUCAGUGUUUUUAAGACUUCUAAAAACCCACAGAAAACCUGAAAACUAAAACUAAACCACUAACGUUACCAAACAGCUAUUUGCUUGAAAUCCUUGAAGACGGUAGCGCUAAAGUGAAAGUAAGAAACUUAGUCCUUAUUUACUACUCUUGAAGGAAUCAUCUCAAAGUUAAAGAACAUUUGUAAUUAAAAUAAGACUUUAUAUGGUGUUAAAACUUAAUCAUCUACUGUUCUGCUGCUUGUUAUUGCUUUAAGGUCUUUUAGGUGAGGAACAGAAGAACCGACAGAACGUUCAACAUGAAGUCACUGUGACCACGUUUACUUUAUAUUUACUCACUUUGAAUCCGAUGGUUUUGUGUGUCGUGUUGAAGGUUUGGAUCUCCAGGUAACGGUUGGUACUUUCAGGCUCUCAUGUAAAACACAGAAGCAGCUGAGGAAGUAGAUGUUCUACUCUGGAGGUGGAGGAGACCAAAGAUGGAGCUAAAACAGAUCAAAACAGGAAACUGCUGCUUCUUCUUAAUGUGGAAACAACAUGUUAGCUUUAGCUGCUAUAUGAGCUAACGCUACAUCAGAGCUAACCAGACUGUAAACAUCAGAACAUGAACCUGCUUUCAGAUCGUAGAUUACUGAUGUGUGGAUUUUAUUGUGUUCGACUGUUUUGACUUGAAUCUUUGGUGUUUUAGGAAAUAAAAACUGUUUGAUUCAG